UUCCAAAAACAGCGGUCCACGGUGGCGCCCAGAUCGACCAGCACUGGUUGUCAGCAGUUGUAGCUGGACACCUGAUGAUGAUUUUACGCUGGCUAUUGAUGCGUUGAGUAUUUACGAUAAUGCAGCAGGGCAACUUGACUCAGGUCUACCUGAUAUUUUGUUUGCUGUAACAGGUCGUGUCCAUUGA